GAAAAUGAAAGUAAGGGCAAUAUUCAAAAACGUGUACAUAUCAACAAAGAGAAAGCGUUGCUUUUUGGAUUUUAGCACGGAACCCAAAUUUAACAUUUUAGAAAAUUAUUAUUAAUUAACCUACCUCAGUGGACAUGUGGCUAACAAGGACAUCAGAGUGAUCUGUCAGUCAACCAUGAACGAACGUACAGCAGCUUGGAAUUGUACCACGUGGAAACAAGAAGCACAAAGGACAGGGACUGCUUCUAAAUUCUUUUUUUAGUUCACAUGACUACUAUGUCAGAGUACAUGGGAAAGGGCUCUCUCUCUGAGAUGAGUCUCUCAAAGAAACAGAGUGUAAUAUCAGGCUCACAUGUGUCUGUGAAGAGUGACCAGUCAAAGGAUGGGGACUUGCCAGUGUUCAGUAAGAACACAUUUAUCAAAAGAUCAGCUUUGCAUGUGACCAGCUUUAUAUCUAUGAAAAGUGACUGUUCAAAAUGUAACAUGCCGAACUCCCUAGAGGAAAUACCUCCAUCUACUAAAAGGCUUAAAUAUGAGGCAUUUGAUUCAGACUUCCAGAAUCACAGGAACCAGAAACAUUUUGCAGAUAAUCUCCAAUGGAUCUUCCAGGAUCUUCUGUGCAAAAUAAGCACAUUUCUGAAGAAUGAGCUGAACAUGUUUAAGAAAAUAUUACAAAAAGAAAACACGCAAUACUUUGUGAAGGAAUUUAAUGAAAAUAGAUGCAGUGUCAAAGAAGCAGCUCUUGAUCUCACACUCUACUUCUUGAGAGAGAUGAAGCAAGAUGAAACUGCUGAUACUCUAAAAGGUAAGAGAUUCACAAAUAGUGAUGCAUGGAUCAUGGUUAUAUCCACAGACGCUGACAAUGUGUGUAUUGUACAGGCCUUGUAAAAAAAGAAAAAAAGAAAACCUUCUGAUAGUUUGCGGUUAACCCAUUUUGCCCAAAAUUUUCUGAAUGGUUUCAUGCAUAUAGCCAUGUUAAUAGUGUCCUAUGUGAACAUGAUCUGCAUCGA